AUGCCUUCGCCAUCAUGUUUACAAGCGGACCACUCCUGGGGACCGACCUUGCCUAUGCAUUGUCAUGGAGAGUUUGACUUCACUGUCCACUUUGAACAAAUCUGGCUUUCAAUUGUGCCGUCAAUCUUGUUUUUGGUUUCCAGCGUUCCUCGGCUGUGGCAGCUCCGCCGAGCCCCCAUAGUUAUCCGCAAUUCCAGGAGUCAACUUGUCAAAUUGGGCAUCAUCGCUCUCCUGGUCAUUCUUCAGUUGGCCCUGCUUCCCCUGUGGUCAUUGAAGACAUCACUGCAGACGUCUGUUUCCAUCCCAGCUGCCGUCUUCGCAUUGGUUGCUGCGUUGAUGCUCGCUAUUCUCUCGUAUUACGAGCACCAGCGAUCCGUGAGGCCGUCCACAUUGCUGAGCAUUUAUCUCUUCUUUUCGGUCCUGUUUGACGCCGUCCAAUCUCGAUCAUUAUGGCUUCGCAAUACCGACGCUCCAAUCGCGGCGGCAUUCACUGCAGCGCUUGCAGUCAAACUGAUCAUCACAGUUCUGGAAGGACAAGAGAAACAGCCUAGUCUACAAGGACAAGGCACCAAAUUGUCACCUGAAACUACCAGCAGUAUCUACAAUCGCGCGGUUUUCUGGUGGUUGAACCGUCUGUUUCUCACUGGCUAUAAAGGCACUCUGCGCCUGAGUGACUUGUAUCCUCUUGAACCAGAGAUGGCCUCAGAAAAUCUAGGAGACGCCAUAGAGGAUGCCUGGAUGAAAGCCGAGCAAAGCAAGCCGUACGCUCUACUUAGGACAACUGCAGUCUCAUUAAAAGGGCCCCUGCUCUCCCCAGUCCUCCCUCGUAUCGCGCUCAUUGGCUUCAAGUACUGCCAGCCACUCUUACUGGCGAGCGUAGUCAACUAUGUUCAGCUCCCAGAUGCAGACCGCGACGGGAACGUCGGCUAUGGGCUGAUCGGUGCGACAGCCAUCGUCUAUAUUGGAAUUGCAGUGAGCACUGGACUGUACAAUAUCAAAGUAGAUCGAUCCACCGUCAUGAUACGCGGUUCGCUUGUGAGCAUCAUCUAUCGCAAAACCUUGAGACUACAUCUAAACGAAGCCAAAUCAUCCGCCGCAUUAACUCUUGCUAGUUCGGAUGUGGAUCGCAUUGGCUUGACCGUUGAAAGUGGCCAUGAGAUCUGGGCCAGUAGCAUUGAGACAAUAUUGGCUCUCGUGCUACUGCAACGGCAAUUGAGCUGGGCCAGUAUUGCCCCUGUGUUACUCGCUUUGCUUGCUACCGCUGCAAACACACGGAUCGCGAAGUAUGUUCCGCGGCGCCAACGGGAAUGGGGCGCUGCGAUCCAGAAGCGGGUGACCCUCACAUCGGCGGUCCUCAGAAACAUGAAAAGCGUCAAAAUGAUGGGCCUGCAGGAAACAAUUGCUCGGACGGUCCAGGGCGCUAGGUUUUCCGCGCCGUUCGCUUUUGUCAUCUAUCUAUAUGGGGUCAAAUCACAUCAUGGACAUGAUUCUGUCGCAGCACAAAUAUUCGCUUCGCUUUCACUGACCCAGCUGCUCGCCACUCCAUUGCAAAAGGUCUUAUCUUCCAUUCCUUCAUUUGCGGGGACCCUCGGUUCUUUCACACGCAUCGAGGCUUACCUGCGGCUUGACGACCGUGCCGAUGGCAGGAAUACCGGCCUUGAGAGUUGUCGCGAAAGCUUGACGGAGAGUCUUAUAAGCGAAAACCUGUUUGAAAUGGAGAACUUGGGAGCGACAUGGAGAGGAACAGCUCUCAGUAAACAUGCAGUCUCGGUGCAAGACGCAGACAUUUCCUACUCCGCGUCCUCACAGCCGGUCCUCCACAAGCAGAACUUUGAAAUCCACAAAGGCCUGUUAAACGUGGUCUUUGGCCCUGUGGGCUGUGGAAAGACCACCCUUCUCAACGCUCUCCUCGGCGAGAUUACCAUUUCCAGCGGCAAGGUGAUGGUAGAUGGUUCUGCAAUUGCCUAUUGCCAGCAAACGCCUUGGAUCAUUAACGCCUCUGUCAAGGAGAACAUCCUGAAUCAAUCUCCAUACGACAAAAAUUGGUAUAACAGGGUUGUGUGGUCCUGCGGACUUGAAGAAGAUAUUGAACAUCUCCCUGACGGAGAUGACACUACUGUUGGAAGCCGGGGCAUCAGUUUGAGUGGUGGACAGAAGCAACGGCUGGCCCUGGCUCGGGCAGUCUACGCUCGAGCACCGUUAGUCGUCCUGGAUGAUACUUUGAGUGCUCUCGAUGCGCGAACUGAAAGACUGGUCUUUCAUCGUCUGCUGUCCAGACAGGGACUCUUCCAGCACCUUGGAGCGACAGUCAUUCUGGUCACUCACUCAGUGCAACAUCUUCGAUCUGCCGACAUUAUCAGUUUAUUAGAUUCGAAAGGAUGCAUCGAGCAACGUGGCUCAUUCAAAGAGCUCAGUGACAUAGAGGGCCCAGUCAAACGCCUGUUAGCUGAUUGUCCUCCAGACAAGGCCGGGGCAGAAGAUCACAGCUUGGAACCGGCUUCUGGUACAUUAGCUUCAGGCCAGGGUCCAAACGGAGAAAAUCCGUCAUUGCCGCGUGCGGCUGCUACCCCAGCAAUAAGGAAGCCUGUAUCCGAUUCAGCUGUCUUGAUGUAUUAUCUCAAGACCAUCGGGUCGUAUCGUGCGUCGAUAUUCCUGCUUACAAACCUGGCGUAUGUGUUCUGCAGCAGUUUCACCCAGAUCUGGGUUCAAUGGUGGACGGAAUCUAAGAAUGCCGAUGAUGGGCCCUUCUUAGCGGUCUACUUUGCUCUAGCUAUCGGAGCCAUAUCGAACUAUAGUUCGAGCAUUUGGUCUAUGAUGAUCUCGAUUGUGCCUGUGUCAGCAGCGAAACUGCACUGGCAGCUCCUUGACUCCGUUCUUCAUGCGCCCAUGUCAUUCUUCUCGUCCGUGGACUCGGGGAUCACGUUGAACCGAUUCAGCCAGGACAUGUCACUGAUCAAUAGUCGCCUGCCUGUAUCCAUGAUGCAGGCGACACCGAUGGCUUUCCAAGCGCUGGCACAGAUUGCUCUUAUAGCUGUAGGGUCUACCUACCUGGCCGUUGCGGUUCCCUUCUGCCUCGGUGCUACCUGGGUUCUACAACGAUUCUAUCUUCGGACUUCGAGACAACUUCGCUUACUGGAUCUGGAACUGAAAUCACCUUUGUUCUCCAGCAUCUCUGAGACACUCGAAGGUCUCCCGACGAUCCGCGCGCUCGGCUGGCAGGAGAAAUUCGAACAACGCAAUCAAGAACGGCUGGACGCUUCGCAGCGCCCCGUCUACCUCCUGUACUGCGUCCAGCGCUGGCUGAACUUUGUCCUCGAUCUCAUCGUUGCAGCACUGGGUAUCCUGCUGGUCAGCCUGGCGACUCAGCUGCCGAGCAGCACAAGCGGGGGCCGUCUGGGUGUUGCGAUGCUCAACAUCCUCGGUUUCAGCCAGAGUCUGUCUCAGUUCAUCUUCUUCUACACAGACCUUGAGAUGUCGUUACAAGCGGUUUCCCGUGUUAAAGAGUUUGUAGAAACGACUGUCUCGGAAGAAGCCAGCCCCCAGUCGCUGACGCCGCUGCCCGGAAACUGGCCUGCUCGCGGUGCGGUGGAGUUUCGAGACAUCACGGCUUCGUACGCCAGUGACACGAGCCAACCCGUCCUCAAUAAACUCUCCCUUGCCAUCCAACCCGGACAAAAGGUCGGAAUCUGUGGCCGGACGGGCAGCGGAAAGUCCACCUUACUUUCUGCUCUGUUCCGCAUGAUUGAACUCCAGAGUGGCAGCAUUACGAUUGACGGAAUUGACCUCAACAACGUAUCCCGACAAGAGGUGCGUUCGCGGUUAAUAGCCAUCCCACAAGAUCCAUUAUUGUUUCCCGGGACAGUCCGUUUCAAUGCGUCGCCGGACGAAACAGUUGCAGACGAGGAGAUCAUCAAAGCCCUCGAGAAAGUCGGACUAUGGGAGCACGUCCAGAAGCGCGGCGGCCUUGACAUCGAUAUUGAUGCACUUGCUCUGUCACAUGGCCAGCAGCAGUUGUUUUGUCUUGCAAGGGCAAUGCUGAGGUCCGGCACUAUUCUCGUCCUGGACGAGGCAACGAGUAAUGUUGACUGGGGAACGGAUGGGGUCAUGCAACGGGUGAUUCGGGAGGAUUUUGCAAGUAAGACUAUUAUCACUGUUGCGCAUCGGCUGAGAACGAUCCUUGAUAGUGAUUUCGUGGUAGUGCUGGGUCAUGGAUGUAUCCUUGAGGCAGGUCAUCCCGGGGAACUGCUGGCGAGUUCAAGCCAAUUUCGGGAAUUGUACAGGACUCAGGGGAUUACCAUUGACAGCAUCUAG